AUGAAUUACAUUGACAUUGCUCCUCCAAGAAACACCAGCUUGCAUGAUCUAUUAGAAGAUGAAAAUGCUCAUUCAACUCCAGUUAUGACAAUAGCCCCAUCUCAUAGGGAAUUUGUUAAAAAGCCCAUCAAACGGAGGUUUAGACAUAAAAAAGCAUCUUGUGACAAGUGUUCACACAAAGAAAAGCCAAAAAACUUGAAAGCCAAUGAAGAUGCCCAGAAAAUAGCAUUGAAUGAUACAGAUUCCUCAUCAGAUGAGAGGUACUGGGCUGAAGUUAGGAAUAAACAAAAUAGAAAAACUAAGUUAUUCAAGAGAGAACGGAGAGCUAAAUCAAAUCACAAUAAUGAAGUGUCCUCAGAUUCUAAUACAAUUGAAAUGGUUUCUGUAUAUUCAAAAGAAACAAGUGAGCAAAAGUCUCAUCAUCAAAAUGCUUCCAGUGUUACCAACACUACAUCCCAGCACAGAAGAAGAACAUUAUCCAAGUUCAAAGAAUGUAGUGUGUCUUCUGGAUCCUCAACUGACACAAACAAAAAAUUAACAAAGAAAAGGGUAAAUAGAAAAGGAAACCAUUAUUGCAAAGAUAAUCAUAAGUGCCAGUGCUACUGUAAAGACAGCAAAAUGAUCAAGACAAAAAUAAAGGAAGAAGGUACUGGGGUAGAUACUUUGUCUCCAGCCACUGCAGCACCCUAUGAGAGCGAGACUUUACCUGCUUUUUGUGAUGAAUGGUCUGAUGAUUCAGAAGUCUGCAGAAUCUGUCACUGCGAGUCAGAUGAGGGUAAUCCACUGAUUACUCCAUGUCAUUGCACUGGAACUCUGAGAUUUGUACACCAAGCCUGUUUACAUCAGUGGAUAAAAAGUUCAGAUACACGAUGUUGUGAACUCUGCAAAUACGAUUUUGUUAUGGAAACCAAGCUCAAACCGUUAAGAAAGUGGGAACAACUACAGAUGUCAAAAAAUGAGAGGAGGAAGAUUUUUUGUUCAGUAACCUUCCAUAUUAUUGCAGUCACGUGUGUAGUAUGGUCUCUGUAUGUGCUUAUAGAUCGAACAGCGGAAGAAAUCAGACAAGGAAAUGACAAUGGUAUCCUUGAAUGGCCAUUUUGGACAAAAUUGGUAGUGGUAGCUAUUGGAUUUACAGGUGGACUGGUCUUCAUGUAUGUUCAGUGCAAAGUCUAUAUUCAGUUAUGGAGACGUUUAAAGGCAUAUAAUAGAGUGAUUUUUGUGCAGAAUUGCCCACGAACGACAAAGAAACCUGAUGAAAAGGGCUACUCAAACAACAAAAACAAUGACAAUAAAGAUGCUGUAGUAGUUCCAGUAUCACAGACAAAUACGCAAACAUGUUCUGAUGCAAGUGUACCUAGUGUUCUGUCUGUUUAA